AUGUCUUUCAGAUUUCCAACUGACCUAAGCAAUGAUGAUAUUCAGCAGUGCUUAAGUGACAUGCAAAUAAACCUGGACCCGAGUCAGUUGAUCAAACCAACCCCUGAGGCGGUCCGCACAUAUUACGAGCAGGCAGUAAUUGCCUUAAUGGACACUUCCAGGGAAGAGCUCGCACGGCCCGACUUCGCCGCGCUCACCGGAAUGGAGUACAUGGAGCUGCAUGAUGAGUCGAUACCAUUUUUAAACUUCCUCCAGAAGUUGACCAAGCUCAUGCAGUUUUGCGGCAUCACAGACUUCACCCUGAACGACAUUUUUAAGCCGGAACCCGCGCGGCUGCGGCGGCACUUCUGCGCCAUGAUUAAUUUCGCCAGAUACCGUGAAGAGAAGGUCACCAACUUGGACAUGCUGCAGAACAGGCUGGCGGAGAUGAUGAGACUGGAGCACUCUGAGAUGGAAAGGAAGGAGAAGAACUUGGCGGAGCUGAAGCGCCUCAAGGAACGUCGCGCUGCACGCCAACAGGAGGCGGCUGCCGUUGAAAUGGAUACGCAGGCCAUCACCGCAAAGAUCAUGCAGCACAACAAGGUCCACACGGUACUCGCCGAAGAGACCCGCGGAAUCAAGGCACAAACCAACGCCCUCACAGACCAAGCGGCAGAGUUAAAGCUCAUGCUCAACUCACUGUACGACAAGUGCUCAGCGCUGCAGGACGAGCUCGUACAUAGCCCCGAGAAACACAAGACAGUAAUCAACGACCUAUGUGCGGCCUACGAUAAGAAGCGCGACUACCACGCCGGAUUGUCCUCGCUUCGCGCGGAGCACGAACGCAAACUGGACAUGUUAACCAAGUUCGAGAAGGAUUUGCAGCGCUGCGUAACGGCGGUGGUGAGAUGUCUGCUGGGAUAG